UAUCAAUACUGGGGCUAGUUCCUUUACAAACCAAUCAACAAAAGGUGGGAAAAGCCAGCAAUGUGUAUACUAUUUGCACUGUAAGCUGCGACUUUUAUGAAUGUAAACGACAGCAGGCUAAAAUAGUAUUCUGCCGUUUGGAAUUUUAUCUCUAGAUAAUUUCAUUUCAACAUUCCUUUCAUCUCGUGUUUCUCGUAAUCUGAUGCUGAUUAAAUGUUCCGCCAUAAGUUCGAUUGUGUUUUCCUUUUCUUCUUUCGUCUGUGUGACAGUUAAUAGGAUUGACAUUCUUUGAGUCGCCUGAUGGAAUUAUGGGAAGUCGUCCUUUCCUGUUUUUUUUUUCUUUAAACGUUAGUAGGGGAGGUAGACUGAGUUGUUCAUCUGCUGGUUUCUAGUUAGAAACAUUCUCUUCAAGUUUGUUUUCGUCAUUGAGCGCUAGUAGUAUAAAUGAAUGUGCUUUGAAACUCAUUUUGAUUCAAACAAAUAGUAGGUUUAGGUAGUUUAUUUUUUAAAAACUUGUGCUGACACCAAAUUAAAACUAAAAAUGUUAGGCAAUGCCAUAAAAAGUGAUUUGGAAAUCCAAGGGAACUUUGGUGUUAUCAAGUCGGUGGAAGAAGAAAUGAGCCGUGGUCUGCAGGCAGCGUCACUAAAACCAGCUCAUCCAUUUGAUGUUCAGAAUUUUUUAGUUCUGCACAGUCCUAGAGUUCAUGGGAGUGCCGAACUGUUGCUUCAAUACGAAUCAGCGUGUCGUCAACAAUGGCAUUAUUUAUAUGAAAGUAAGAAUACAUGGGACUCAUUCUGGAGCAAAUCUGCAAGCCCCAAAACAGACAUCAGCCCAUGUGAAACGCGGCGCAUCAAUAAAGGCUAUUACUGGAGGCCACCACAAAACCUGAAGCCUGUAAAUUAUAACACUUCCCCUCACAGGGUGUGCAUUCUACAUCCUCGACACACAAGACAUACCAGCGACAGUUCAUCGGAGGAUGACUCAGUCAAAACUAGACCUCUUAAAUCUGAAAUCUUAAGUCUGAAACCAUCUACUAUUGGUCAUACACAAGCCAAUGUCAAGCCACCAAUUCGACUUCCACCAAUUGAGGAGUUAGACCGUUACGAGACAGACUACGAGCCGAUAGAAUACAUCGCAAAGAGAAACAAGCUCAACAUCAAUAAUUAUCUUGUCGACUCUACUGAUUAGCUUGUCGAGUAAACUGAUUGCUUGUGGAGUUAUUGAUUAGCUUGUGGAAUCAACUAAUUGCUUGCCGUGUCAACUCAUUAGCUUAUCGAGUCAACUGAUUGUUAUGUUCAGUCAACUGAUUGCUUGUGGAGUCUACUUAUUAGGUUGCUAAGUCAACUGAUUGCUUUUGGAGUCUAUGCUUAUGGAGCACACACAACCUUCCUACCUAGAAAAUUCACGUAGGUCUAUAUUUUAUCAUGUCUAUCCUGUACAACGGUGUAAGGCUUACAUGGUCAUACCAACAAUCUCUAGUCGGCUUAAUUGUUUUAGAAGUGUCCACUAAGAUCAAACUUCACUUGAGUGAGAAGUAACUUUUUCUAGCAAUCCUUGUGUUCUUAUAUUUCACUCAUCAUUCAUUGUCUACAAUAUAAUUUUUUGUGAAGGAUUGUUAUAACAGGCCCGGAUUUAGGGGUGUGAAAAGUGCACGAUCGAAUAUGAAACAUCGAUAUUGAAUAAAGGGCCUUGCAAAAAUAGAUCUACAGCGUUGCAUGAGUAAAAAUUGAGAAACCAAGAUUGCGUAGCUCUUUUUUAAGUUCUAUAUUCAUUUGUUUGACGAAGUGGAAGGGGAGGUAUCCUUUAUUUGAUGUGCUAGGGUCCAAACGCAAACCACAAUCCGCUAAGUUAAAAAAAAAACGGCAAUUGCACUUAUUAAAACAAAGUAUCUGUGCUUAACGCUGUCUGCUUUAGUAAUGCAGCUCAAAAUGCAAAAAUCCUUAUGCGCCAGGCCCCGCUAUCACCAAUUUGUACAAGGCCCCAACAUUCCAAAGUCCAUAUUAUUUAUGUGAAGUUACAUACGGCUUAUAAAAAAAAUCCAAACUUCUUGUAAUGAUAUAUAUUUGUAACUUUUCAAAUCCAUGAAAACCUCAGAUCAUCACAAAUGCUAUUGUGUUUAAUUUCUGCUCUAGUAUUCAGUCCACUCCUCUGAAAAUGUCUCCUAAUAGGCGAUGUUAUGAAUUCUUUUUAAUAUUCAUUUUUUUAAAAUAAUUUUUAACGCUUUCUUGAUUUCUAUUGAGGGAUCUUAGAUGAUGCUUGUUAUAGACAAAUUCCAGUUAGACUAGAUUCCCAUUUUUGUAACGAAUUGUUUUAAUUUAAGCCUUUAACUGUCAAGUUGUGUAUUAUUUUCUUCUCUCUCUCUCUCUCUAUAUAUAUAUAUAUAUAUAUAUAUAUAUAUAUAUAUUGUUACGAUCUCUCCUAAUCAGGCCUUCUGUAAACACUGCUAAACACACAACACACCAAGAACUUGACAACAAGAGCUCCAAAUAAUCUGGUACUUUAAUAAUGGUCAAAUAGAUAACAGCCAAUGCUAGACAAUUGGAACACAUCAACAACUAAAAAUGCUACACUAUAACUAUACAUUUACAUCACCGUACUAAACUCUACUGUCACUAUCUCUUCCUGGACUCGUACAUAACACUUGAGGACUCCGCCAAGACCGAAUUCAUGGCCGACUCUCCUCGCUAUCCUGUGUUGAACUGCACUGCCUUGCACACUCUGUGUCUCUGCUCCACGCAGGCUUAUCAUCAGAUGAUCAUAACACGGGUCGCAUUCACGUGCAACGUUCAUACCAGUACUGUCCCUUGCCCUUCGACAUAGCACACUAAACUGUCUUUCUGGCCUGUGUCACAUAAGUCAGCUGAUCACACAGUUAACCCUAUUGCGUCGCCAAAAGGGUUACAACAAUAUUAUCAUUAUUUUCAAACUUUUGAUCAAUUUAAAUAAGAAAAAAAAAAGUUAAGGGCGUAAAACUGUCUAUUAAGAGCCUGCUUCAAUCAAAUUAUAUCUGACUAAAAUCUAUGCAUCAUUUAUGAAAAUGUCAAAUUCAUUGUGAAAUAUAUCUGAGUUAUCUGAAUGUAGCCAUCUGUUUUCUAUUGUGUGUGAUUUUAUAGAAAUCAAAAUCUUAGGUUUCGUUUGUUAAUACUUUUAAGAAUGUAUGAGUAGUUUUUGUUUUUUUUUCAAAGCUUAUAGAUUUCAACUACAGUAAAUUAAGCUAUUUAUAUGCGUCUUUUUUUUAUAAUUUUUUCUAGUUUGGUCUGAACAUUAAUAAUUAUUAUAGUCCCGGUGAUAUAUGAGUGUUAUGUGCUCGUCGCUAGGGUAACCUUGAGGAAAGUAGAGCGAAUGUUUUUGAUUGCAUAGGCUGAAGAGUUUCUGAUGAAACUACGAGGUGGUCUGGCGUAAUUCAAAUGGAAUAAAAAUGGUCUGGUAAAAAAAAAAAAAAAGUGGAUGAAACAGACGUGA